AACGGCGAGGAGCACCGAACGGACAAUUAUCGAAGCUUCGUCUCCACAAUGGUAUCGGCUCCUAAAGAUGAUCCAAUGUGAUUGGUAUUUUAAACUCAUCUACAAUCACGACCAGCAAUGUACUGGCCACAUGGAGUACCUAGAAUCUAUGCGGUCAAUGGCCCGGGCAUUGAAUUGCCGGAAGUGGAUGGCAGCGCAGCUCAAGAUGAGAAUACCACGGACGGCCCUCCCGAGGAGCAGCUAAGAACGGGGGAUCAAGGGGAGCGGGCAGCCGAUGCUGAGCAGGAAGGAUGGGCGAACGAACCCAUAACGGGUUUAUGUGUCUCCAAGAACGGCCUUUAUUUUGCGACAAUGUCCCAGUCCUCCCUUGCGAUCUGGCAGACCAAGCCCACUGCAGUCAUCGCUGCAGUGAAACGCUCGUCACGCUCUCUGAAAAACUAUGGCCCAAAUGUGUCCCUCCUGCUACGGCCAGAUGCUGCCAUUGUUGUCGUUCAGACUCUUAACGGAUACCUCAUCACGUAUUCCAUCGCGGUCUCCUCGAAUUCCCAUGCCUACCAGCAUCGUUUUAUGCAUACCCAGCCAAGGCGUCACCAACAGGUCUCAGCAGACGAUGCACAGGGCAUUCGGGAGGCGAGCAUCCGGUUUAGAGUAGUCAUCAAGGUCGACGCUGGAAUAAGCAAGGCACUUGCUCUCGAUAAUGAGUUGAUGGUGGCUACUGUGAAACCUGCAGCAAUCCAGUCCAUCCGGUGGACCCCGGAUAACAAUGGACAUCAGACCACAACCGAGCUGUUGCACCGCAUCCCAUGGCUUUCCAAGAAGACCGCCGUUGUGGAUAUGGUAUAUGACCGUGCAAUGAAUUUGCUAUUAUGGAUUACGAGUGAGGGACAAGCCUACGCUGUGCAGCAUAGCGUCGAAGAAUCUCAGGAUGGCAAUCCGCCCAAAUCCAUCUUCAAGGGUCACAGGUUUCACACCCCGGAGAAUGACGGCCAGAAGGCAGUACAAGUUGCUGUAAAUGCGAGAUUCUCUCUUCUUGCAGUUAGCUGUGUUAAUGGCGACAUUCUUAUAUAUUUAGCCCGAGACUACAUGGGAAACAUCCCUCUGUCCCACAAACUUGCUCUUCCUGCAUCUUCGGCUUCCUUGGGUGCCAUAUCUUUCAUGGGCUAUUCUCCUGAUGGCUAUUGCUUAUUUGCAGGAUAUAUGCACGGCUGGACAACAUGGAGUGUGUUCGGAAAACCGGGAGGUAACAGCUUUGCUGCAGAUUCCUCACUGGCUUCGAGAAACGGUGAAGCAUGGUUGGCCGGUGUCUCCAUGGGUGCAUGGAUAGGUUAUGGUUCGGAUAUUCUUUUAACGUCCAACAAUGACAGACGAUUGUGGAUCCUUGAGUUCGCAAGGAGUGCUUUGACUGGAUGCUUCUCAUCCGCAAACCUUGCCCGCGGGCUAUUACAAACUGGCACCGAGAUAAUUCUAUAUCGUGGCCAUGAUUUGCCCGACUUGACUACUAUAUCGGGGAAAGAUUCGCUAUGGCACCAUGCGCAGUAUCCUCCACGCUACGUUCAUUCACAAUGGCCAAUUCGAUCGUCUUGUGUGUCCCAAGAUGGAAGAUACGUGGCCAUUGCCGGGAGGCGGGGCCUUGCGCACUACAGUGUCCAAAGCAAUAGAUGGAAAAUUUUUGACGAUCCAAGACAGGAAGAUUCCUUUGCUGUCCAAGGUGGCAUGUGCUGGUAUGGCCAUAUCUUGAUUGCUGCAGUCGAAUGCAAUGCUGCAUAUGAGCUCCGAAUGUACUCUCGUGAGCUUUCACUAAACGGCUCUUCUGUUCUGUAUACCGAAGCCCUCCCGUCACCGGCGGUGUUCAUCGGUCCUUCUGGCGAGGACUCUUUGCUAGUUUACACCUACGAGAACAUUCUUUAUCACUACGUUAUAAAUACGACAGGGACGAGAAUUAGCCUUGUUCAGGUCGGCCAAAUAGCUUUUCAUGGAAUUGUUCGGGCGCCUACCCGUGUGCGCGCUAUUAGCUGGGUUUUACCUGAGGAUCAGCUCCGAAAUGGAGAUCCUUCGCAAGAUGUUGCCGUGGCUUCAGUUCUUUUCCUGGUAGACGGGAAACUGGUUUUGCUACAGCCAACCGUCUCUGAAGGAGAGUUGAAAUAUGAUAUGCGUAUUGUAGUACAUGAUGUCGAAUAUUACAUAUUGAUGCGGGAUCAACUUUCUUUCAAUUUUGCACCACCAGGAGAUGAAUCUUUACCGCCAAGUCCUUCAGCAGUUUCCGCUUUGAAUAGUAUCCAGUCUGAUAUCUCUUUGCGAGAUUCAUUGUGGGUGUUUGGUGGCAAGGAUUUACUUGUUUGGACCGACGUCCAGGAUGUGAUCCGACCGAAAGGGCCAUCCAGCGAAAUCUCGAAGCCGCUCCCAAUUCCUAUUGAUUUUUAUCCAUUAUCAAUUCUUCUUAAUAAAGGCAUUAUUCUCGGAAUUGAGCCCGAGAUUACCCAACGGCGAGACGUUACAUUUACUUUGCAUCGAUUUGCGAUCCGAAGCCAAUUAUUUUUGCCAUAUAUCCUUCAAUAUAACCUGUCUCAAUUUGAUACCCCUUCAGCCUUUUCUAUCUGUCACCAUUUCUCUCACCUAUCAUAUUUCCCCCACGCCUUAGAGAUACUCUUACACCAUGUACUAGAUGAAGAAGUUGAUAAUCCACGCGGCAACGAUCCGUCACAAGGGGGCCUGUUGCUUCCUGCCGUCCUAUCGUUCUUACAGGCUGGGAACCCUCCAGAAUUAUAUCUGGACAUUCUCGUCCAAUGUAUCCGGAAAACGGAGCUACGUUCAUGGCGGACACUGUUCGCCCAUCUGCCUCCGCCGAGUGAACUAUUCGAACAAGCGCUAAAAUUUAACUCUCUCAAGACAGCUGGAGGUUAUUUACUCGUGCUACAAGCGUUUGAUGACUCCGAAGAUGAAAACAACGACGAGAAGAUCGAAGAAUCAGCAAUUCGAUUGUUGCGGCUAGCUUCACAUAAGGGAGAUUGGGAGUUGUGCGGUGAACUUGCUCGCUUCCUGAUGGCUCUAGAUAGCUCAGGAAAUAUGCUUAGACGUGCUGUCGUCAAGGUUGGAUUGCGUGGGGAUCAGCUUUCACUGCCGAGAGUGAACGCCAAUGGCGUACCAACCCAGGAGCUGAAAGGGUUAAAUUUAAACAUAGCAUCACCGAGAUCUAGCCCGCUGUCCCCGAAUGACAGCGGGAGUGGCCCAUAA